AUGUAUUUUGUGACUACUAGUGUUGAGGGUGACUGUUACCUGUAUGUACCGCCUGACGCGGGCAUUGGGGCCACUGCUCUAGGUACUGGUGCCAGUGCGUCUGCUGCCCCAGGUGCUGGUGAGUCUGCUCUCUCAGGUACUACGUCGGCUCAGGCCUUCCACACCUUCACCCUUGACUCGGAAGCGUCCCGUUCCUUCUUUCGAGAUCGCACCACUCUUACGCCGCUCAGUCGGCCGGUUGCAGUCUCCCUGGCAGACCCCUCUGGGGGUCCUGUCCUUGCUAGCUUCUCCACUGUCUUACUGUGCCCGGCAGCCCCCUCUGGCACCCUGUCAGGUCUCUACCUCCCGUCGUUCUCUACGAACUUGGUGAGUGGAGCGGACCUACAGGAUAGGGGGGUUGACCAGUUCACUCCUGCGAGUCAGCGAGUGACCCACUGCACGUGUGCUCGGAUAGGCCGACACUUGGCCACGUUCACCCGUCGGCCAGGGUCGAGCCUGUACACCCUUACUACUGAGUCUGCCCAGGUAGUUUUGUCGAGUCAGGUGUUUGCUACUGCGUCCAGGUCCGAAGCUGAGUCUGCUCCCUGCUCGUGUCGUCUGCUGUCCCACCAGACUCUCCUUUGGCACCAUUGCCUUGGUCACCCCUCCCUGCCUCGUCUCCGAGGCAUGGCCUCCUGUGUCCUUGUCACUGGUCUCCCUCGGUCUCUCCCUGCCCUACCUCCGGGGCCGGGCCCUACCUGCGUCCCCUGCGUCGAGGGGCAACAGCGCGCCGCCCCUCACUCCUCCGAGUUUCCUCCGACAGAGGCUCCGCUGCAGACUCUACACAUGGACGUGUGGGGCCCAGCCGGCGUCAGUGGGCAAGGGCGCAAGCGGUACUUCCUGCUGGUGGUUGACGACUACUCGCGUUACACCACAGUCUUCCCCUUGCGCAGCAAGGAUGGCGUCACUGAGGUGUUGAUCGACUGGAUCCGCGCAGCUCGUCUCCAGCUCAGAGAGAGUUUCAGCUCGGACUUUCCUGUUCCGCGUCUGCACUCGGACAGAGGCGGAGAGUUUUCCUCUGCCCGUCUGGGAGCCUUCUGUCGUGCACAGGGCAUCCGCCAGACCUUCACGCUUCCGGCCUCUCCACAGCAAAAUGGGAUUGCUGAGUGCCGCAUUGGCAUGGUCAUGGACGUCACUCGUACGUCCAUGAUGCAUGCGGCUGCCCCCCAUUUUCUAUGGCCGUUUGCGGUUCAGUACGCCGCGCAUCAGCUCAACCUUCAGCCCCGGGUCUCUUUGCCAGAGACCUCCCCCGCCUUGGGGUGGACCGGGAAGGUUGGCGAUGCGUCUGCGUUUUGGGUAUGGGGAUCUCGGGCGUUUGUCCGCGACUUGUCUGCGGACAAGCUGUCCCCUCGUGCUGUUCCCUGCGUCUUCCUUGGCUUCCCCCCUGACGCGCCUGGGUGGCAGUUUUACCACCCCACCUCGCGUCGUGUUCUGUCCUCCCAGGACGUCACCUUUGACAAGUCGGUACCCUACUACCGUCUCUUCCCCUACCGCACUGCGCCUCUUCCCCCGCCGCCGCUCUUCCUUGCACCAGGUCCUCCCCCGGUAGACCCCCUCCCCCCUCAGGGUCCUGCCCCGUCAGGUGUGUCCCAGGUAGACGCAGUCGAGCCUGUCGAGGUAGCUGUUGACUCUGGUGCUGCUAGAGGUGCUGAGCAUGCGGGUGCCGGGUCCGAGGGUGCUGAGACUGGGGGUGCUGAGCCUAGGGGUGCGGAUUCUGGGGUUGCUGAGCCUGGGGGUGCUGGGUCUGGGGGUGCGGAGCCUGGGGGUGCGGAGCCUGGGGGUGCUGAGCCUGAGGGCGCUGGGUCUACUCGUGGGGUGUUGGCGCUGGUGUUUCUACUGGCGCUUGUGUGUCUGGGGGUGCUGCUGAGGCUGCUGGACCUGACGGUCCUACUGGAGUUGGUGCUGCUGGAGCUGGAGCUGCUGGGGGUGUUGGCGCUGGUGGUGCUGCUGGCGCUGGUGCGUGUGAGGGUGCUGGAGUUGGCGCUGUUGGAGCUGAAGGUGCUGCUGGCGCUGGUGCUGCCGCUGAAGGUACUGGUGCCGUCCUUGCUGGUUCUGGAGGCGCUGAGCGGCUGA